ACAACAAGUCGAUUGUUGGAACGAGUGGUCUGGGGGACUGACUGGAUGUUUACAAUAUGCAAGGUGGCUGGGGAGAACCUUACCGUCGAGCCAUUGGCGACCCGUGCUUAAGUCUUCCCACCAUGUCUGACAAGCAGACGGAACCAUACGGAAAGCGGGAGUCGAAGAUCACUACCCUUUGCGAUUAGCAACCACCAACUCGCUUGGUUCAUGGCUUCCCGCAGAACACGUACCAAUCGCUCCCCAAUGCUCGCAGCGAAGGAGCCGCUAUUUGGCUUUGUCCCUCGGAUGGCAACAGGUAAUCAAGUUCGCAAAGCUCUGGAACAUGAAGCCAAUCCUUUUACGAAGGCAUUGCACACUCCACAGUACAGGAAGAUACUCGAGACAAGGAAAAAACUACCUGUAUACUCGCAGAUGGACCGGUUCCUCAAGAUGUUCAAGGACAAUCAGAUUAUUGUCAUGGUAGGCGAGACUGGAUCUGGCAAGACAACACAGAUACCGCAGUUUGUCGCUUAUUCGGACUUGCCCCAUACCAAGGGCAAAAUUGUCGCCUGCACGCAACCACGACGUGUCACUACGAUGUCUGUCGCCAAACGCGUCGCAGAAGAAAUGGAUGUGGAGCUUGGUAGAGAAGUCGGUUACUCGAUACGUUUUGAGGACAUGACAGAACCGGGGAAGACAUUUCUCAAGUACAUGACCGAUGGUGUGCUCCUCCGGGAAGCCAUGAACGACCCUGACCUGCAACGGUAUUCCACAAUCAUCCUUGACGAGGCCCACGAACGGACUCUCGCCACCGAUAUCCUCAUGGGUAUCGUGAAGAACCUCGCCAAGAGACGACCCGACUUGAAAAUUAUCGUCAUGUCCGCCACCUUGGAUGCACUCAAGUUCCAAAAGUACUUUGGUCUUCAUUCUGACUCGCAGGCACCACUGUUCGGGAUACCCGGUCGCACACAUCCGGUGGAAAUAUUUUAUACCCAAGAACCCGAACCCGACUACGUCGAGGCCGCCAUCCGCACCGUUUUGAUGAUUCAUCGUGCAGAGGAUCCCGGCGACAUUCUGCUUUUCCUGACCGGAGAAGAGGAGAUCGAAGACGCAUGUCGCAAGAUCAAAUUGGAGGCAGACGAUUUGAUCAAUCGGGAUCCAGACUCUGUCGGGCCUCUAGUCUGUGUACCGCUCUACUCUUCACUUCCGCCACAGCAGCAACAACGUAUAUUCGACCCACCUCCGUCGCCAAAAACGCCAGAUGGCCCUCCUGGCAGAAAAGCGGUUGUGUCAACGAAUAUCGCGGAGACUUCGUUGACUAUCGAUGGGAUCGUCUAUGUCGUCGAUCCUGGGUUCUCGAAGCAAAAGGUGUACAACCCUAGGAUCCGUGUAGAGAGUUUACUGGUAACUCCAAUAUCGAAGGCUUCUGCACAGCAACGUGCUGGACGUGCUGGGCGGACGAGACCGGGGAAAUGCUUCAGAUUGUACACAGAAAAGGAUUUCAUGUCGGAGCUGGAGGAACAGACACACCCGGAGAUUUUAAGGAGUAAUUUAGCUAACACUGUACUAGAACUGGUCAAGGCAGGGGUCAAAGAUCUUGUAAGAUUCGACUAUGUGGACACACCCGCACCAGAAACUCUCAUGCGUGCGCUCGAACUGUUGAACUAUUUGGCGGCGUUGGACGACGACGGUAAUCUGACUGCGCUGGGCACGCUCAUGGCAGAGUUCCCGCUAGACCCUCAGCUGUCGAGGAUGUUGAUCGUCAGUCCAGAAUUCAAAUGUAGCAAUGAAAUAUUAACAAUUACUGCGAUGUUAUCUGUCCCAAAUGUAUGGCUCCGGCCGAACAACCAGCGUAUGGAAGCCGAUGCAGCCAAGGCACUUUUCACAGUCCCAGAUGGUGACCACCUUACACUUCUCAAUGUCUACAACAAUUAUAUCCAAAAUCAAUAUGACAAGUCAUGGACUUGGACUAAUUACCUCUCUGCUCGGGCACUUGCCCAGGCCGAGAACGUUCGUGAGCAACUUAAUCGGACAAUGGAACGCUUUGAGAUCGAGCUCAUAUCCAUCUGUGAUGAGAAGAAACGACAUCUCGCCAUCCGGCAGGUUUUGUGCUGUGGUUUCUUCAUGCAAGUUGCCCACAAGGAAGGGGAGAAAGGCAACUAUUUAACUGUAAAAGAUAACCAGGUCGUGAGCUUACAUCCAUCUUGUGGCUUGGACACGCAACCAGAAUGGGUAUUAUUCAAUGAAUUCGUCUUGACGACUCGACCGUAUAUCCGGACUGUGACGGAUGUGCGCCCUGAAUGGUUACUAGCGAAUGCCCCCUUUUACUACGAUGUGGCGAGCUUUCCAAAUGGUGAGACCAAGAGAGCCCUUCAGCGAGUUGUGAACGAACGUGCUGGCAAGCAAAGGGGAAGCAAAGGUAGGAAACAGAAACGAUAAAGUUGUACACGUAGAACUUGUCUUUCCCUGUCAAGAAUGCUCCCUCCCUGAUACGUCACAUCAAUAUGCGCAUGUAUUCAUAGUUCCAAGAGGCAUAACAGACA